GACCCAGCAGCGUGGCGCGGAGUGCUGCCUGCUGACGGACUGAAGGUACGUGCGGGGAGAGCAGCGCAUCACCAUCGUCCGGUAAGAGACCGAGGAGCUGCAAGCCGGAGGAGCUUCUCUGUCUGCUUCCAUUGAAACACGGCCCACGAGCACCGUGGGAGAAGUGGCGGCGGACAUGGGGGCCGAGGGGGUGAAGGCUCCAGACGGCGGGUGGGGCUGGGCGGUGCUGUUUGGCUGCUUUGUCAUCACGGGCUUCUCCUACGCUUUCCCUAAAGCAGUCAGUGUGUUUUUCAAAGAGCUGAUCAGGGAGUUCGGGGUGGGAUACAGCGACACGGCCUGGAUCUCCUCCAUACUGCUAGCUAUGCUCUACGGCACAGGUCCUCUCUGCAGUGUGCUGGUUAACCGCUUCGGCUGUCGUCCAGUGAUGAUGGUGGGCGGUCUCUUUGCCUCUCUUGGAAUGAUCAUGGCCUCCUUCUCCACCAGCAUCAUCCACAUCUACCUCUCCACUGGGGUCAUCACAGGCUUGGGUUUAGCUCUGAACUUCCAACCAUCUCUCAUUAUGCUCAACCGCUACUUCAGUGAGAGGCGUCCUCUGGCCAAUGGGCUAUCGGCAGCAGGAAGCCCCGUGGCCCUGUGCUGCCUCUCGCCACUGGGUCAAGUCCUCCAGUACCAGUAUGGCUGGAGGGGGGGCUUCCUUAUCUUGGGUGGGCUUCUACUAAACUGUUGCGUGUGCGGGGCCUUAAUGAAGCCUCUGGUCGGCCCCAAGGCGCUCAAGUCCAAGGUCCUGGAACUAGACAACCAAGAAGGACCAGAGAAGACGAAGAAGCCCAAAGCGAAACUGCUGGACUUCUCCGUGUUCAAAGACCGCGGAUUUCUCAUCUACACUGUGGCAGCGUCCAUCAUGGUUCUGGGGCUGUUUGUGCCUCCGGUGUUCAUCGUGAGCUAUGCCAAGGAGCUGGGGAAUGAAGAUACCAAAUCAGCCCUGCUACUCUCCAUCCUGGGCUUCAUUGACAUUUUUGCACGACCCACGUGCGGCGUGAUUGCCGGACUCAAAUGGGUGCGGCCUCGUUGUGUCUACCUCUUUAGCUUCGCUAUGCUCUUCAAUGGAAUCACUGACCUGAUCGGAUCACAGGCCAAGGACUACGGCUCGUUGGUGGUCUUCUGCAUCUUCUUCGGCCUCUCCUACGGCAUGGUGGGUGCCCUGCAAUUUGAGGUUCUCAUGGCAAUAGUUGGCACUGAGAAGUUCUCCAGUGCCAUUGGCCUGGUCCUGCUCAUGGAGGCCAUUGCUGUGCUGGUGGGGCCCCCUGGUGCAGGCCGACUUCUUGAUGCCACCAAGAACUACAUGUGGGUUUUCCUGCUGGCAGGAAUUGAGGUGGUCAUAUCAGCCGUGGUUCUGGCCACUUGUAACUUCCUGUUCAUCAGAAUCAAGUCCUCGGCUUUGGAAGACAAGCUUGAGAGCAUCACAGUGACGGACGAUGCCAAGACAGAGGUUUGCCACAAGCCUUCAGAGAUAAGUGAGGAAGAGGAGAAGGGAGCAAGACAGGGGCAAGAGAAGGAGACAAAUGAGAAGGUGAUUAAAAAGGAGGAGGAGAUGCACAAAGAGAGAGUAAAGGAGGAUAGACCAGAGAGCGAAACAGUGGACUCAAAGGCAGUAGAAAGGUUCUUGAAAGAGCAACGUCAAAAUGGCGACAUGGCUAUAAGCCCUGAAACCUGCCUGUGAUUAGCGGAUUAGGGGUGGAGGUGAAGGGAACUGUGAGGCGUUCUAAUGACACUAAUAGAUAGUUGUGCAUUCUUCAAAAUGUGUAACCGGUGGGGGACUGAGUGGUGUUACUGAUGUAUGGAAUGGUACAUUUUCUUUAAAAAGGUUUCAUCAAUAGAUGUCUCAUAGAAUAACAUGUUUUUGCUCUGCCAUAUUCAUAUCAUUCAUUUUAUUUGGAUGUGGUCACCGGCAAAUUAAGUCAAGGGGUAAAAUGAAUUAAUUAAUAUUCCAUGUAAAAUAUUAAAAACACCUUUGAAAAGAAAACAACAAUCAACACUAUAAAUAAAUAGGCUUCUAUGUUUUGGUAGAACCAUUCAUGAAUGCCGUCUUAAUCUCUUUGAGAAGGUUUCACCUACCAAAUAUAAAAAUAUACACCCUGAACCAUCUGUGAAAGGUGCCCCCAAAUCUCCCUAAAAGACUGGAGAGAAUGUAUCUGGUUUGUUGGUUUCAUUGAGCAUCUCCUCUGACCAGAACCUCUACAUUACAACAAUAGGAAGGGAACAAGAACCCACCCAGGUGGUGCUUCUGUAACCAGUUCACAUUUCAUGGGAUUGAUCUAGGAAUUUGAAGAGCUAUUUGUUUCAAAAGGGGUUCUUUGGACAAAAAGGGUUCGCAAUAAAACCUGUAGUCUCAUAAGAAACUUUUAAAAAACCUCUUUCACCAAAAGGAUUCUUUUUGAUGUGAUUUUAUUAAGCUGAUUCAAGCAUCUCUGCUUAAAAAGUAGCUCUAAACCGCUAGUGGAAUAGCUACGAUUAGCUGGCUAACCGCUAACCCAAGUCAGCCGGAAACAUGCUAGCACCUUCGCUCACUUUCUGAACUAGUUUGCAUCUUGAUAAGUAUUGCUAUGAUAACUUCAUCCAGCUCUCAGCGCAGUCAAACUGUGCUGUAUUUCAAGACUACAGUACCUGCUGUUUUUAGAAAGGACAGUAUAUUUGUGAGACACUUUAAAUUUGGUCGAUGGUCCAACAUGCGGUUAGUUAUUGGAU